AUGUACCGGCACCGUGUUCUUCUUCUUGUUGCUUCAGAUGUUGAUGCGUUAUGUGCUUGUAAAAUACUCCAAGCUUUGUUUCAAUGUGAUCAUGUGCAGUAUACACUCGUCCCAGUAUCUGGGUGGCAAGAACUUGAAACUGCCUUUCUUGAGCAUAAAGAUCAGUUCAAAUAUUUUGUUCUUAUUAAUUGUGGUGCCAACGUUGACCUUCUGGAGAUCUUGCAGCCUGAAGAAGACACUUUUUUUUUUGUAUGUGACAGCCACAGACCUAUCAAUGUAGUGAAUGUUUACAAUGACACACAGAUUAAGCUGUUAGUUAAACAAGAUGAUGAUCUCGAUGUUCCUGCUUAUGAUGAUAUCUUCAGAGAUGAAGAGGAUGAAGAAGAGGACUCAGAGAAUGAAAGUGACGGGUCAGAACCUACAGAGAAACGCAGGCGUUUCGAAGAGGAUGUCAUAGAGAGAACAAUGAAAAGACGACAAAGGCGAGAAUGGGAGGCACGCAGACGAGAAAUUCUUUUUGAUUAUGAGCAAUAUGAAUACCAUGGGACCUCGUCUGCGAUGGUGAUGUUUGAUCUGGCAUGGAUAAUGUCUAAAGACUUGAACGACAUGUUGUGGUGGGCUAUUGUUGGCCUAACAGAUCAAUGGGUCCAAGAUAAAAUCACUCAAAUGAAGUAUGUGACUGAUAUUGGAAUCCUGCAGCGUCACGUGUCUCGCCAUAACCACCGCAACGAGGAUGAGGAAAAUUCUCUGUCAAUUGAUUGCAUGCGAAUAGCAUUUGAAUACGAUCUGCGCCUGGCACUUUAUCAGCACUGGUCACUAUAUGAAAGUCUCUGUAACACUUCAUAUACCUCUGCUAGCCUUAAGCUUUGGUCCGUACAAGGGCAGAAGAGGCUCCAGGAGUUUUUGGCUGACAUGGGUUUGCCUUUGAAGCAAGUGAAACAGAAGUUUAAUUCCAUGGACAUGUCUUUGAAAGAAAAUCUUCGGGAAAUGAUUGAAGAAUCUGCAAACAAGUUUGGAAUGAAAGAUUUAAGAGUUCAGACCUUCAGCAUUCACUUUGGCUUUAAGAACAAGUUCUCAGCAAGUGAUAUAGUUUAUGCAACAGCUUCUCUCAUGGAGAAUAUAGAGAAAGAGGGACCCGAAACAACUAAUUUCAUUAAAGCUUUGGACAGUCUCUCCAGGGGUAACCUGGACAAACUGCACCAAGGGCUGGACCUAGCCAAAAAGCAGUUACGUGCCAUUCAGCAGACAGUAGCCAGCUGUAUUUGCACCAACCUUGUAAUUUCUCAGGGGCCUUUUCUCUAUUGCUCGCUCAUGGAGGGCACACCAGACGUGAAACUGUUUUCCAAACCAGUGUCUCUGUGCCUGCUUAGUAAAUACUUACUCAAAUCAUUUGUUUGCUCUACGAAAAACAAGCGUUGUAAAUUGCUGCCACUGAUAAUGGCUGCACCAAUGGAUGUUGAACAGGGAACUGUGAUCAUGGUGGGGAUUCCUCCGGAGACAGAAAGCUCUGACAAAAAGAACUUUUUUGGAAGAGCAUUUGAGAAAGCUGCAGACAGUACCAAUUCUAGGACUUUACACAACCAUUUCGACAUGUCAAUAAUUGAAUUGAAAACAGAAGACCGGAGCAAAUUUCUGGAUGCACUCAUUUCUCUCUUGUCCUAAUGUGGUGCUUUUUGGCUCCUUGUGCUGGAAGCUGAGGAUCAGAUGCUCUGAAAUUAUUUCGGAUGUUCCAAAGGUCAUGGUGCUGCAAUUGUGACGUAUCGUCUUGCUUUCUCUUAAAUGUACCGGUACAGGCCUGGACU